GGGACAUUAUUUAAUAAUUUGAACAUCAAUGACAAAUGUACACAAACUGAAGAUGUUUAUCCUUUAAAUUACUCGAAUGUUUAUUGUUGUGAAUAUUGUGACAAGAAAUUUAGUUCAGUUGAGGGCUUGAAGCUCCAUAAUGCCAAACAUGAAAAUAGCAUUAGCUCACAUGCUUGUCAACAGUGUGAUAAAGUAUAUGUAAGACAAUACCAUUUACAAAGGCAUAUGAAAGAAGUACAUGGUAGUCAAUCGAAGAACCAGAAAUACUCAUGCAAAGUUUGUAAAACAACACUUACUAGAUUAGAGCAUUUAAAGCGGCAUAUGUUGUUGCAUGUAAAAAAUAAGCCUUUUAGCUGUGAUAAGUGCAAUAUGGGCUUUAUUCGUAAUGAAAACUACCAACGCCACAUUGGAAAUUGCCAAGGUGUUAAAGAUUUUACUUGUGGAAAUUGUCAUAAAGGAUUUGAUAGGCAAGAUCAAUUAUUGAAUCAUAUUAAGACUCAUGAUAAUCCAAAAAACAUUCAGUGCCUAGAUUCAUUAGACUCAGAAGUAUUUUUUGAAAAUGCAGAGUUAGUAUAUACUGAACCUGAUAUUAAUGUUAUGGAUCAUUUGGAGUUGAAACAAGAACCAGAAAAUGAAUCCAAUGAUGAACAUGAUUUUGAUAUUGCUGACGACAGUCAUUCCCCUGCACAUUCACCUUUAGUUAAUAAAUCUAACUCUGUAGAAUUAAAUAAUAGUGAUGAUUCAAGUGAUGUUGAAUUUAGUCCUUAUAAACAAAAGACUAGAAAGAAAAAGAAAACUAAACAGGUUCAACCCAAAGUACCUGGUAGGAAGCGCGGUAGGCCGAGAAAAUAUAUUCCAGAAGAUGCAACAGAAAAGCCUAUAGAUGAAAUUUCUGAUCAGAAUCUUAACAAUUUUGUGAUCAAAGAAGAAGAUGGAGAAAUAGAAAUUAAAACUGAAAAUGAUGAUUCGACUGGUCAUUUUCCAUGUACAAUAUGUGAUAAAGUGCUAACUACUGAAAUAGGCCAUCAAAUACAUAUACAAAAGCAUAGUGGUAGUAAAAUAUAUAAGUGCCCAGUUUGUGAGAAAACUUUUACGAGGUCUAAUCAUAUGAAACGUCAUCACUUAACACAUUUAUCUAUUAAACCUUAUAAGUGCCAUGUUUGCGCAAAGGGUUUUAACAGGUUGGAUCAUCUCAAUAUUCAUAUGUAUAAUCAUGCAGAUAAGAAACCAUUUGAAUGUGAAAUUUGUAAUAAGGGCUUUAGUAAAAAAGACCAUCUCAAUAAGCACAAAGAAUCAAAACAUGGCGAUAAACCUGCCAAUCCUAAAAAAACUGAGAUUUGUGAAAUAUGUAAAAAAGGAUUCACAACAGCCAAAUAUUUGCAAACGCACAUGAAGCUUCAUCUGGAGGGAAAGACUUACUCUUGCAAAUUUUGCUCGAUGACAUUUAAUGCAAAGCCAGAACUUAUGGAACACUUGAAAACACACUCAAAUGAAAAACCAUUCUUAUGUUCAGAGUGUGGUCAAAGGUUCAUUCGUAAUGACUAUUUAGUCAUUCAUAUGAGGAGGCACAAGGGCGAAAAACCAUAUAAAUGCCGGUAUUGUGGAAAGGGUUUUCCCAGGGCAACAGAUUUAACCGUUCAUGAAAGAUAUCACACUGGGGAAAAAACACAUCUUUGUACGAUAUGUGGAAAAGGUUUUCAACGGGCAUACAAUCUUGUAGUGCAUACUCGGGUCCAUACUGGAGAAAAGCCAUAUGUCUGUUCUCAUUGCGGUAAAGCUUUUGCGCAAGGAAAUGAUUUGAAAGCUCAUGUCCGAAGACAUACAGGCGAAAGAUAUAAUUGUGAAAUUUGUGGGGAAGGAUUUAUUCAAGGAUACCAUUUAACACAGCACAAACGCGCAGCGCAUGGCAUAGACACUCCUUCAAAUAUACGAAGGGUAGAAAAACUUCCAUAUCCUUUGAUUAUACCACCAAGUGAGGGUCCCAAGAAAAGGCAAAGAAAUCAAAAGCAAAAUAAUACUGAAACAUUAGAAGCUAAUCAACAAAAUCAAGAAGUUAAUUUGCAGACUUCUUCAUUAGCAUCAACUGGACGGCCUGACAAUAUAAGUUCGGCAUCAAAUAGUAUGACUCCUGAUAACGGAUUACAAACUACGAAUACUCAAAAUAGUGUUUUGACAGAUGGUAUUUUACAAGCUCUCACGACAUCCCACAUGAAUAAUGAAGUUGAUUUGGCUAAUAGACAAGUUCCCGGCCUCUUACCUAUUAUUCCUCUUGCAUUAUUUCCAACAAUGCAAAAUCGUUAAAAAAGAUUACUCAGGUAAAAUUUGUUACAUUGUUUUAUGAAUA